CAAAAUCACUUUUUACAGUUUUUAUCAAGCAACUAAUCAAUUGUAUUCAACGUUGUCCUUCACAUCUAUUUUUGUAUGUAUACGUUCAUGUACAUGGUAUCGGUCAUCACAUGAAGCUCCGCCAGCUCUGUAGAUCUUCCAUUCUCUCGUUUUUUCUGAGGCGACCCGUCUUGCUUUUGUACAUGCCCUUUUGAUUGAACAUGGGUUGAUGCUUAUUCGAAUCAUAUACUCGACAUGCCCGGAGCAGCCAAGAAAGAAGCUCGCAAGAAAUUGCUUAGAGAAGAUGAUGAAAGAACUUUAGAAAGCAUGAAACGGGAAUUAAAACAGCCGAAGAAGGAUCCCUCGUCAUUGUCUAAGAGAAAAGUUAGUAACUGCUUACAUGAAGGCAAUGGGAAUUUGAGAUUGAAAAAGAAGAUAGUCAAGAAAGCCAUUGCUUGUAAGACCAAAACCUCCAAGAAGCAGCCAUCUUUGAGUGGUCUAAAAGAUAAACUUACAGCAAUUAGCGCAAAGGAGAGUGAAAAGACAGAUGAUAGAGAUGUAAACCCUCGACAUUUAAAGAGAAGGAGAAGGAGAAAGAAGAGGAAAAACAAUGUCGAGCUUGACGAAGCAUGCCGGUUACAAAGGAGGACGAGAUACCUAUUAAUAAAAAUGAAGCUGGAGCAGAAUCUAAUUGAUGCUUAUUCUGCAGAAGGUUGGAAAGGUCAGAGCCGAGAAAAGAUUAAACCAGAAAAGGAACUGCAGAGAGCCAAAAAGCAGAUCCUGAAGUGCAAACUGGGGAUACGUGAAGCCAUUCGCCAAUUGGAUUUGCUUAGUUCUGAAGGACGAAUCAACGAUUCAGUCGUUGCUCCUGAUGGAGCUGUACACCAUGAACAUAUAGUCUGUGCCAAAUGUAAGUUGCAAGAAACUCUCCCCGAUAAUGAUAUCAUACUUUGUGAUGGGACAUGCAACUGUGCUUUUCACCAAAAGUGUCUUGAUCCUCCAUUGUCAACAGAAAAUAUUCCCCCAGGAGAUGAAGGGUGGUUUUGCAAAUUUUGUAAGAAGAAAAUGGAAAUAUUAGAAGCAACGAAUGCUCACAUUGGGACCCAUUUUCCCAUGGACAGUAAUUGGCAGGAUGUUUUCAAGGAAGAAGCUGUCUUACCCGAUGAUGGAAAUUCCACCUUGUGCCCAGAAGAAGAAUGGCCAUCCGAUGAUUCUGAAGAUGAUGACUAUGAUCCAGACAGAAUUGAACAAAGUCGCGGUGAAAGUGUAUCUGGGUCAGAGUCUGAAGCUUCUGACUAUAGUUCCAGCUUACUAUUGUCACUUGAGGAUGAACCACUUCUUGCAUCUGGAAGAGAAAGCAAUAGAUCUUAUGAUAAUUCUCUCGAGUUAAUUGGAGUGGAUUCUGAUGAAAUCAACAAUGGUGAAGUUGUAUGCCGUCCCAGACAGCGAGCAGCUGUUGACUAUAUUAAGUUAUACGACGAAAUGUUUGGAAAGAAUGCUGCUGAAAGUGAACAAAUUAGUGACGACGAGGACUGGGGUCCCACGAAAAGGAAGCGGAAAGGAAAGGAGAAUGAUGCUGCCAGCACUCUUAUGACUCUUGGUGAAACUGAUAAAAUAAAUCCAGAGGAAAUGCCAUCAGAGUUGAAGGAGAAACAAUUGAUCAACAAGAUUAAAAGACCGAUUUUCAGACUACCACAUAAUGCUGUUGAGAAGCUUCGCCUUGUUUUUUCUGAGAAUGAACUUCCAGCAAGGGCUUUAAGAGUGAGCCUUUCGAAGCAGCUAGGCCUAGAAUUCGAGAAGGUCAACAAAUGGUUCAAGAAUGCACGCUACCUAGCAUUGAAAGCAAGGAAGCAAGCAGAAAAAGCACAAGUGUCUCAGGAUGUUGGUCCCAGUAUUCAAAAGGAAUCCUUCUCAGAAACUACGAAGGAUGGCCAUCCUGAUCAGAUGGCAUUGGAGAACCCUAAGAGUUCAAAAGAGUUGGUGAGAAGAAGGAAAGCGCACUUGCUGACCAGUUCAUUUAAGAUAAAGCAGCGAAGGAAACCAUUGUUACAGACAGCAGAAAGUAACCAGGUGCUGACGACAAGUAGGGAUCUUGGUGAUGAUGUGAGCCUAAAGCAUUUACGAGAGGAAGCAAAGGAAGCUAAGAAGAAAUUGAAUUGCAAGAGCAGAGGUGGUAUGACGGAAGCAGAAACUGAGAUGGAAAGGCUCUGUCGAAUCAAGAACAGAGUAGAGGAACUGCAGCAAGUUCUACUUCAACUUCCAAGCUGGAGAUUUGGUAAAACCAGUGCAACCAACUCAAGUGACGUAUCUGUUAUCUAUGUACCUGUAGCCGAACUAAGGGAGAAAAGGUGACUAAUUUUUCUCAUCUUUUUCCUUGAAACAUGAUUUUGCGUUCUUCUUUUACUAAAUUUACGCUUUUGUUUCUUGCAAUUAGAGAAACAAAGCCCUUUUUGGUUAAUAGAUAGUAUGUCAAGACCUUCAAGUUUUGAUGUGGUUGUGAAUAGUUGUGUAGCACCAUGUAUUAUUAAAUGAAGAUUAGUUAAUGAUGAGUUUAUGUUUGCAGAUGAAAUAAACACGAGUUACUACUAUAAGCUUG